AUGCAGGUUGAGCAGAUGAUCUGGGGACACUUCUGGUCAGAAAAUAAUAGUUCAAGUUUGCUGUGUUCUUCACAUGAUACCAAAGGGAUCUUCUGAGAUGCUGCAGUAACACCCCACUGUGACUAAUACCAUAUAACUGCAUCAGCUAUUUCUAGCAAUAAGGCUUGGUUCACACAGGCUUUAGAUUUCCUCUGAGGCUAAAGAAUCAGUGCCGUGCUUUGCGAUAACAAAGGCAGCUCACCAAAUGUUGUCUCACUCCUGAACUUCACCGUUUACUGCAUUAUGGUUACAGGGGGCUUUUUUUUUUUUUUUUUUUUUGCUCUCUUGACCACGUCCUGUUAAUAAAUUCUAAAGAGUGAAUCAGUUACAGAGUUUUGGAACUUAGUCAUGAUGACUGAGCCAACUCUUUAAGAAGCUUAACUACAAAACUUCAUAGUGUUAGUGUUGUCACCACACAAGUGUGACCAUGAGUGGCUUUGUACUGCUGUCUACGGGGCACCAGAUGCCCAUGGUUGGGCUAGGCACCUGGAAGAGUGCUCCAGGACAGGUGAAGCAGGCAGUGCUGGCAGCCUUGGACUGUGGGUAUAGACAUAUUGACUGUGCUGCUGCAUACAGCAAUGAACAGGAGGUGGGGGAGGGUUUGGCUCUCCGGAUAGGUCCAGAUAAGGCGCUUCGCCGUGAGGAGGUCUUUGUGACAUCUAAACUGUGGAAUACAAAGCAUGAGCCAGAGGACGUGGAGGCGGCCUGCCAGACCACUUUAACUAACCUGGGUCUCUCCUAUUUAGACUUGUACCUCAUGCAUUGGCCAAUGGCCUUCCAGCGAGGUGAAGACCUAAUGCCACGGCGUGACGAUGGCAGUGUGUGUUAUUCUGACACACACUAUAGGGAGACCUGGAAGGCUAUGGAGAGUUUAGUGGAUAAGGGUCUUGUCAAGGCCAUAGGACUGUCCAACUUCAAUGCUAGGCAAAUCAAUGACAUCUUGACCAUGGCCAAGCAUAAACCAGUAGUUAACCAGGUGGAGUGCCACCCUUACUUAUCUCAACAAGCGCUUGUAGCUCAUUGUCGAUCACUGGGGGUCUGUGUGACGGCCUACAGCCCUCUGGGUAGUGGGGACAGGCCUUGGGCUUCUCCAGAUGAACCAGCCCUGUUGGGGGAUUCCAGAUUAAGGGCUAUUGCUCUGAGAUACGGGAAAUCUCCUGCACACAUUGUCCUGAGGUGGCACAUUCAAAGAGGAGUGACUUGUAUCCCCAAAAGUGUAACACCGUCCAGGAUUCAACAAAAUCUGCAGGUGUUUGACUUUACCCUGUCAGAAGAGGACAUGGCAUUGAUUGACUCCUGCAAUCAGAACAAGCGAUUCAUUGUUCCCACAGUUGAUAGAGGGGGGCAGAGAAUUUGGAGAGAUGCAAAACAUCCCCACUUUCCCUUUCAUGAUUCUUACUAACUCAAAAUGCAGAUACUCUUGUUACUAACAAUAAAGCACAG